AUGUCAUUAUUCCAGUAUAGAACCUCAUCAGCUCGUCAACUCGAUUUCCGAGGUUAUAAUUAUUAUUUCAAUGAAGAAGAAUGUAUUAGAUUAUGUCAUUCAUCAUUAUGUAUUCAAUGUGGAGUUCUUUUUAUCAGAAUUAAGAGUCUUCAUAGUACCAUUUAUCUUGUCAAAAAUAUGAUAAAUCUUCGAUCAUUACAUGUUAAACGUGACGAUGAAAAGUAUCAUAAACGAUUAGCAACAGCAAAGAAUAAUAAUGACAAAUAUCGUGAUGAAAACGUAGAAAAUGAAGAGGAACUUAUUGAAUGGUUAAAAGAUCCUUUACCAUCGACGUGUUUAUUCUCAAAAAGUGCACAUUUUCCCAGUGAUAUUGUAAUAUGGAUUUGA